UUUACGCGCAGUGUUACUUAAAAGAACAACACUUUUUAAAAAUAGCAUUCUUACUUUCACUUCCGCCAUCAUUGCAAGACAAGUGACAAAAUGAUGAGAUAGAAUAAGAAGCGUCACACAAGAUGUCUGAAAGUUCAACGAUUGAUAUCUCUGCUACCAGUCAAGAACAAGCAUGUGCGGUAAUCUCUUCAGCCAUUCAUCAUCUCUUAUUCGCAAAGGGACAAAUUCAUCAACCGAUAGCUGUAUUGCGAAAACAGAGAGAUCAAGGAGGAGAUAAUGUCGCUUUUUGCGAUGAGGAUGAACAAGAUAGAAGCAAGUCAAAGACCAAGAAGAUUUCAUUCACUGCACAGAGAAAAGAACGUAGGCUGAAUGAAAUGAUUGCAAAUGUGGACAGAUUACAUGAUCAACUCGUUCGGGCUGUAGAAGCGGUAACAGAUUCGGGAAACGCUUCCAGUGGAGAUGAAGUAGUGCUCAUGCUUCGUUUGGGUCAAUCGCCUCUAACAAUGGCUCGGCAACAAUUCAAGAUCCAGCUCAACGGACUCCUUUCAUUACCUCGCACAGCAAUUGAAGCAGAUAAACAUAAUCCGCCCAAACCAUCUAUUGCACGACAAGUGUUUGGCGGAAAGAUGAAGAAAUCCGUCGAGCCAACUGCAAGUCAAUCUUCAAUGUCUCGUGUACCCGUUCUUGAACGGAAGUUAGUCAGAUUCUUCUUAUCUGCAAAUAUGGACGAAUCCGGUUUGGGCAAAGCUUUGACUGCACCUAUUGCGCCUACUCGAUCACAAAUUUUCAUACAGGCCCCUAGAAUAGGCUUUGCGGCAAAAGGUUGGAUACCGAGACCUUCUUUAAAGGUUGCUGCCAAAAAUGACGGAUUGGAUGGAGUGAGGACACAUGCGACACAUAAACAAGAACGAUCUGAAGAAGGAAGCGGUUCGAACGAAACAGUCGGGACAACAGCAGAAGAUGUGGAUAUGCUGGCACUAGGUCUAAGUCCCGUAAAGAGGAGAGCUUUAAUGAGUCCGAAAGUAAACCCUGCAAAGAAGGUAAAGCCUCUAAUAUUCAGGCAAGAUAGCGAUCUAGAUCACGAGCACACAGAGCAAGCUAAGCCUCUUACAGAGUUACAGAAUGAGCGCACAUCUCCGCUCAAGCCGAUGACGACAAACGUAGACGCAUUCACAGAAUCGACGACUACCGAUCAACCAGCUUUGACCGCACAAGAGCUCAUGGACCAGAAGCGAAUGGCGAGAAUGCGAUCAAGACCGACUGAAGGACAGCAUAAAAAGACAAUGAACCCAAAAGCGGAUAUUGGCAAGCAUCCUCAGACCAAACCUAUUCGAAAGCAGCGAAUGAUUAGCGCAUCAAUCAUCAUCAAUUUCACUUCCUCUGGUCCUGAAAAGCAUGAUAACUUUUCGCCCCACGAUCGUAGCGAUAAUAUCUGGUAUGCAAGUGAUAUUGUCUUGCAAGCAUGUACACUUUAACUGUUUAUUGUAUAAUGUAGUACACUGUAGAAUUAUAAUA